AUGCCGUUUUUUGUCUUUUUUAUCUUUUGUGGCCGACAGAGUGUGGAGGAUGAGCCCCGUGGUGGACGGCCGUCGACGUCAAGAACCGACGACAACGUGCAACGUGUGCGUGACGUUCUCAAUUCAGACCGUCGGUUAAGUGUGCGCAUGAUUGCAGAUCGUGUUGGCAUUGAUAAGAUGACUGUGCACACCAUUAUCACUGAAGAUAUAAAAUACAAAAGAUAUAAAAGGCAAAAACGGCAUCGCGACGGUACCCCAACCCCCUACAGUCCCGACUUGGCACCAGCAGACUUUUUCCUGUUCUCGAAAGUGAAAUCUUCCCCCAAAGGGCACCAUCAUAGGACCCUGAGUGCCGUCAAAGAGGCUUGCACGCGGACCCUUAAGGACCUUCCGGAAUCCGCCUGCCAGGGAGCCUUCGUGUCGUGGCAACGCCGUUGGCAAAAGUGUAUCGAUGCACAAGGGAUGUAUUUUGAAGAAUUUUGA